CUCACGAGCGGUAGGCAGAGCCAGAGGGGCGCAUCCCCUUCUUGCCCGAAUUCGUCCCCGCGCCCGAGGGCGGGAAACUACAACUCCCGGCAUGCCCCGGGCGCCCCCGGCGCGCCCCCCUCCCGUCAGUUCCAUGCUGCUCCAUCCAGUUCAUUUAAAACAAAAGAGUUUGAGCGCUGGAAGGGGCUGGGCUCUAUUGGGGGCCACUGAGCGACGCUCCGGGACUGGGGCUCGGUGCGGGAGCCUAAGGGGGCGUCUGCUCGGCGGAGGGUAGAGACUCCGGGUCCGAGGCGGAGGGGUGGGGGCCAGCGCCCGCAGCCCCCCACCCCACCCCGUCACCCCGAGCGAGAAGAGAUCUGCUUUCUUGGUUUUGCUUCUUUUCCCCCACCCCCACCCGGGGGCUGGGGCGAGGGGAGUCAGGUUACAGGGUGCUUGGGGAGGGGGGCUUAGGGGUGGGUCUAUCUUUCUAUCUCGCUUUCUUCCCCCCUCCCCAGCUCUUUGUUCCCCCUCCCCACACACCCCCUCCUCUCUCCCCUCCCCUCCUCUCUCCUCUUCUCCCUUCCACCACCUCUCUCUCCCUCUCUCUCUCCCCCAGCUUUUGUUUCGCCAUGCCUAGUCUAGUGGUAUCUGGAAUAAUGGAAAGAAAUGGGGGCUUUGGAGAACUAGGAUGUUUCGGGGGAAGCGCUAAGGACCGAGGGCUGCUGGAAGACGAGCGCGCCCUUCAGCUGGCUCUUGAUCAACUCUGCCUCCUGGGUUUGGGGGAGCCCCCCGCCCCCACGGCGGGCGAAGACGGGGGAGGUGGGGGGGGCGGCGCCCCCGCGCAGCCGGCCGCCCCCCCGCAGCCGGCCCCGCCGCCGCCGCCCGCGGCGGCCCCGGCCGCCCCGAGCGCGGCCCCCGCGGCGCAGACGCCCCAGCCCCCCACCGCCCCCAAAGGGGCGAACGACGCCAAGCUCUGCGCGCUCUACAAAGAGGCCGAGCUGCGCCUGAAGGGCAGCAGCAACACCACGGAGUGCGUUCCCGUGCCCACCUCCGAGCACGUGGCCGAGAUCGUGGGUAGGCAAGGCUGCAAGAUUAAGGCUCUGAGAGCCAAGACCAACACCUACAUCAAGACACCUGUGCGAGGUGAAGAGCCGGUGUUCAUGGUGACCGGGAGGCGGGAAGAUGUGGCCACAGCUCGGCGGGAAAUCAUCUCAGCAGCUGAGCAUUUCUCUAUGAUAAGAGCCUCACGCAACAAGUCUGGCGCCGCCUUUGGUGUGGCCCCAGCUCUGCCAGGCCAGGUGACCAUUCGUGUACGAGUGCCCUACCGUGUAGUGGGACUGGUGGUGGGCCCCAAGGGAGCGACUAUCAAACGCAUCCAGCAGCAAACCAACACAUACAUCAUCACUCCCAGCCGGGACCGCGACCCGGUGUUUGAGAUCACCGGCGCCCCGGGCAACGUGGAACGUGCGAGGGAAGAGAUCGAGACGCACAUCGCAGUGCGCACAGGCAAGAUCCUCGAAUAUAACAGCGAUGGCGACUUCCUGGCUGGCAGCCCCGACGCUGCACUGGACAGCCGCUACUCAGAUGCCUGGCGGGUGCAUGCUCCGGGCUGCAAGCCGCUUUCCACCUUCCGGCAGAACAGCCUGGGCUGCAUUGGCGAGUGCGGCGUGGACUCGGCCUUCGAGGCCCCGCGCCUAGGCGAGCAGGGCGGGGACUUCGGCUACGGCGGGUAUUUGUUUCCGGGCUAUGGCGUGGGCAAGCAGGACGUGUACUAUGGCGUGGCGGAGACAAGCCCCCCGCUGUGGGCGGGCCAAGAGAACGCCACGCCCACCUCGGUGCUCUUUUCUGCCUCCUCCUCCUCUUCAGCCAAGGCACGCGCAGGGCCGCCUGGCUCACACCGCUCUCCAGCCACCUCUGCCGGGCAGGAGCAGCUGGCCGGGCUCCCUCGGCGGCCACCUGGAGAGCCACUGCAAGGCUUCUCUAAACUGGGGGCCGGAGGGCUGCGGAGCCCUGGCAGCGGACGGGACUGCAUGGUGUGCUUUGAGAGCGAAGUGACAGCAGCCCUGGUGCCCUGUGGACACAACCUUUUCUGCAUGGAGUGUGCAGUACGCAUCUGCGAGAGGACGGACCCAGAGUGUCCUGUCUGCCACAUCACCGCCACGCAAGCCAUCCGAAUAUUUUCCUAAGCUCCCUGUCCCUGGUCUCCUGGGCCCGCUGCCCAGGGUGCUACCCUGGACUUUUAGAAAAAUCAGUGACUAUAGGGCAAGGUGUUUAGAAAUAUUCACUCGCUGGGGUGGGGAAGGGAGGCAUGAGUGGCUGGGGGGGCAGCCACUUUCAAAACCUCUGGUUACCCUUUGGGAGGGGGCCAGACCGUAAGUUUUACUAGAGUUACAACUCUGAUACCUCAACACACCCUUAAAUCUGGAAGCAGCUAAGAGAAGCUUUUGUUUAGCCUGAAGCCGCAACCAGGACAUUCUGAUCUUUCCCUUCUCCCCAUCCUUAUGUCAUUUUGCUCCUUCCUCUGGGGAGGGGUAAGUAACACAGGAGGGGGAGAAUUGCCAUUUGUAACUAGAGGUGCUCUAGUGAUCCCCAGCCCCUCUGGUCCUGACCUCCCACCUCCCCACUCAUCCUGAGUUCCCAACAGUAUAGGAAGGUGGGAGCCUAUCU